UAACGGGCAUUUGACAGCACAAUAAACUCUGUCAAGUUUACUUGCAUUUUAUUUUUAUUUGUCCAGUAUUCCACAACUUAGCUACUUGAAGAGAUUUUACUUGAAAGGUUCGUUAUUACAGAUUAAUAUUAAAAUGCAUCUGUGGGUUCUGUGCGCAUUUGUUAUUCUGGUGCCUUUGCUGUGCGAUGCGCGGAUCUCUAAGCGUUAUGUGAUCGGCUGUCCGGAGCGCUGCGAUAAGAGUCUGUGUCCGCCCAUGCCGGCUGACUGUCUGGCCGGAGAGAUCCUGGACCAGUGCGACUGCUGCCCGGUGUGCGCGGCCGGCGAGGGCGAUCCCUGCGGCGGUACAGGGAAACUGGGAGACCCGGAGUGUGGAGAGGGUCUGGAGUGCACUGUCUCUGACGGGGUCGGAUCAACGACUACCGUGAGGAGGAGAGGAAAAACCGGCGUGUGCGUGUGUAAGAGCCCCGAUCCCGUCUGCGGCAGCGAUGGGGUGUCCUACAGGAACAUCUGCGAACUCAAGAGAGUCAGUAACCAGGCACAGAAACUCCAGCAGCCGCCCAUCAUCUUCAUCCAACGAGGAGCCUGCGGGAAAGGCCACGAGGAGAAUCCGGAUAGCCUCCGGCACAGAUAUAACUUCAUCGCUGAUGUGGUGGAGAAGAUCGCUCCAGCUGUGGUUCACAUUGAGCUGUUCCGCAAAAUGAUGUUCACUAAGCGGGAAAUUGCGGUGGCCAGCGGCUCUGGUUUCGUGGUGUCUGAGGAUGGUCUGAUUGUAACCAAUGCCCAUGUGGUAGCCAACAAACACCGGGUGAAGGUUGAGCUGAAGACCGGCGCCACCUAUGAAGCCAAAAUCAAAGACGUGGAUGAGAAAGCAGACAUCGCUCUCAUCAAGAUAGAUGCUCCGAUGAAACUCCCAGUGCUGUUGUUGGGCCGGUCGGCUGAUCUGAGACCAGGCGAGUUUGUGGUUGCUAUCGGCAGUCCGUUCUCCCUUCAGAACACAGUGACCACAGGCAUCGUCAGCACCACCCAGAGAGGCGGCAAAGAGCUGGGCUUGCGUAACUCUGACAUGGACUACAUCCAGACAGAUGCCAUCAUCAAUUAUGGUAAUUCAGGAGGGCCCCUGGUGAACCUGGAUGGUGAGGUGAUAGGUAUUAACACACUGAAGGUGACAGCAGGAAUAUCCUUUGCCAUUCCCUCUGACAAGAUCCGACAAUUCCUGGCCGAGUCUCAUGACAGACAGGCUAAAGGAAAAACAGCCACAAAAAAGAAGUACAUCGGUGUAAGAAUGAUGACAUUAACCCCAACACUUGCUAAAGAGCUAAAGGAAAAACAGAACGAUUUCCCAGAUGUCACCUCUGGAGCUUACGUCAUUGAAGUUAUCCCAAAAACACCAGCUGAAGUUGGCGGUCUGAUGGAGAGCGACGUCAUAAUCAGCAUUAACGGUCAGAGGAUCACAUCAGCCAGUGACGUCAGCACAGCCAUCAAGAAAGACGAGAGUCUGAGAACAGUGGUACGACGUGGCAACGAAGAUGUCAUCCUCACAAUCAUUCCUGAGGAGAUUGACCCUUGACCUCCCUUAUGCUCACCCAUGAGCUGGUUCUCAGACUUUUACUGAGUGUGUGUCCGGAGCCACACUCAUUCUAGAAAUCAUAGUGAACACUUUCCAGUCCAACCAUCAUCCAUCCUAAAUACUGAUCUCAGCUUUCUCACUUCUCAUAUCUCCCAAGUCAUUUUCUGCUUAUUCAUUAGUAUACCAUGUUAGAAUGAGCCCUUUGUAAAUAAAUAUGAAAAUUUAGUGCUGGCUAGUUCACUAACACUUCGAAAUGUAUAUAAUUAGUAUGUUCCAAAAAGAUAGUGAGCUGCCUAUAAGGCAGAAUGAUGGCGGAUACAUUAACCAUGGUUUUGUUAUUGCAAAAGUGUAGUAACCACAUUUUUUGACAUGCGUAUCACCAUUUGUAUAACCACAGUUUUACUACAACCACCAUGACUAAACUAUGGUUAGUGUAGCAAAACCAUGGUUAAUUUGUGGUAUUACAAUGUUUUUAUUUGUAGUAAAAUCAUGGUUAAUUUUCAUAAACACUCUAUAAAUAUGUCUUGGAGUUAUACAUGUUCUGUUUUGGGUUGAGUAUUAUGCUGUUAGCUUAGCAAAAUGCUAACAGCUAACUACUGAAAUCAGUUAUGAGUCUUCCAUACUUCAUUCAAAGUUGACGCCUAUGUGUGUUCCAAAUCAGUCACCUAUGACAUUACAUGACAGGCAGUUCACUACGUUUUGGAACAGACCUUAUAUUUCAUCUUAAUGUAUACAUCAGCAAGGCAUCAUGAAAUUUUGUUGUCUUUAUUCAGCUUUCUUCAUUUUUUUAUACUUACACUCAGAUCUCAGACUUGACAGUAUUUGUGGGCCAUUAGAGGAUGACUAUUAUCUUGGAAUACCUUUUCUUCAUUAAAUGUUUGUGUGUCUGUGUCUGUCAGACGGCAAUUUCAGAAACGAAAUUAAAGAAGGUUAACAUUUUUAAA